AUGGAAGCCCUGGGCGCUGCUGCAUCAAUUGCCACAAUCAUUGAAGUCCUGCAGCUAGCAGUGGAACUGCGACAUCGCUUCAAAGAUGCACCUGCCGAGUUCAACAGGCUUGCGAUUCACAUCGGGCUCCUGGCCGUAGAGUUCGAACUCCUCGUAGAGGCUCAACAAGACCGACUGAAUCUUCCAGACAAUUGUGUCAUCAUGUUUGAUCAAUGCGCACGUUCGCUAAAAGAUAUCAAGCGUGAUCUCGCCUCUUCUCCAAGGUCAGGGUUCGGAAAGCAAGUGCACUGGGUGUGGCUGGGUCGAGAGAGAUCCAGAGUACUUCUGCAAGAGUUGACCCAAUUAGAAGUCUCGAUUGGAGUCAUUCUUCAACUUUUGCAUUGGAAACAAUCACAAGAAUCGGCUCAAAUGAUGAAGGAACUUAUCAAACCUCGCUUCAGCCACAUAUCAAACCACGUUAGGCAAGAGCCAGAUGCCUUGUUACCACCGCGCCUUUUGGAGGACUCACACCCAUGCCUUCCUGUUCAUAUCUCAGGACCUCAACCCAUUGGACCACGCAGCAGAUCUCAAGUCGCGCAGUCUGUAUUGUUUCGAUUUAUUCAGUGGGCAUGGUUGGUCGCAUACACCGACGCCAGGCCCAAUCCCUUGACUGUGGCCUCACUCCAGGUGAAUAUUAGAAACUGGAUUGGCAUCAAACUUGAAAUAACCCUUCGAACUUGGGCUCAUAAUCGAUUUGCGAAGCUCCAAAUCAAUCGUAUCCUUAUGUCAAUGGUAUUCAAAGUACCUUUGGAUCAACCAUUCAUGACAGCUUGUUCGCGCGGGGAUAUUGUGUCUGUGCGCACAGCCUUGCAAGAGGACCCUGCCGGCACCACUUACUACAGUGAGGGAGGAGUUACGCCUUUGUCACUGGCCAUUGACGGCGGUCACUUUGAAGUAUGCAAGCUCCUCCUCGAAAACGGCGUUGAUGCGAAUUCCGCGUUCGGAGAAAAACAAACGUCAGCCUUGUCAUGGGCAUUGAGACAUCGGCAAAUGAAGAUUGCUCGGUUGUUCAUACAAUACGGUGCAUCAUUCCACCAUUUAAGCUUAUGGGGCUGGUCGCCUAUCUUUUAUUUGUGGUCUACAACGUCGCCUCAUCCGAGCGCAAAGGAGUUCCUUCAAUUGCUUUGCUCUACUGACGAGUUUGUCUGGCUCCAUCACGGCCUGACUGACGUCGAAGGGUGGAGCUUGUUGAGCCGGUGCGCCAUUUAUGGCACCCUUGAAGAUGUUAUGAUGCUUAUCAAGCUCCACGUCGAUCCCUUUCAGCGGGAGCCAGACAGCGAAUGGACCGUAUUGCAUAACGCAAUUUGGUAUGGCGUUGAGAACGUUUACUUUGCUCUCUUUCCCUUGUUUCAGAAGAAGCUGGGGAUCGAAAUCCCAGAUUCCCGUGGCUGGACGCUAUUACAUCUCGCGAUAGCCUCUGGGAAAGAUACGAUCAUCCGCCAUCUGCUGGAGAACGGCGCCGACUGGAGAGUGAAAACAUCGCCUGCUGUGGACUAUAUGCCAGAAUCAAUCCGAGGGAUCUCGGUUUCGUCGGUCCAGAUUGCUGCUGCCUACGGUGACAAGAGGUAUAUUGAAUACUUAGAUGUCCUAUACCACGUGCUUGACAGAGAGCAAGAGGAGUUGGACCAGGGCAAAGACGAUUGGUUCGAUGCUAUUUAG